CCGAGCAUAAACACCAACAGAUCGGCAUCACUGGACGCAACCCAAACUCAAUCAAAUCGAGUAGAGAACGUUCGUCUCUGACAACCACAUUACGGGCCGGCCAGACAGCCUCGGCAUCAAACGGGGAAAGCCGCUAUCAAAACCCAAGAGAGGAGACAAAACCCUCACGCACUAAUCGAAAAUGGACUCCUUGUAUGCUACUGCUCCACUGUGGUCUCUCUUCCCCUGCUCAAUUUGGUUUUUCCUCUGUUUCACUAGUAUGAGGUCUCUCCUCGGAGGUGCUGUGUUGCUUUGCACGAACUAGCUAGUCUCAACUUCUUAGUUCCUCUCUAUGGUGCUGUAUUUCAGAUGACUAAAGGUGAAGUAGAUGAUAUGUUCUUCAAACAAAGCCUAUUAUUAAGAGGAUGUGCAGCUUCUGGCAGGAGCUCCCCUGUCUUCUUGUCUCCUUUUUGCAGGAUUUCAUCAGGGUGUUUUGGUGUUUUGUUAUUGUUCCUGCUUUGUUCAAGUGCUAUUUUUCCCUUUCUGGUUCGUGUCCUUUGUCCAGGACUUUUAUGUUUGUUGGCCCAAAAAAGAGUCUGUAAGUUCAUACGAAGGGUAGUCGUAUUUGGUUUGUGGCAAUAAUCAUUUUCAUUUGUUUCUCUUAAGAUAUCUAAAGUUUUGUAAAAUAUCUUCCAGGGUUUUGAGCAAUUGAUAAGCCCUUGCGUGAAAUUCUGUCCAUCAAAUUGACAGAUGAUGAACGACAAUAACAUUGUUUGUGCGAU